AUGGACUCGUUGCAUUUCUCCAUGCUUGAGUGUCUUUAUCUCAACAGGUUUCCAAUGGUCAGGAUGCUCUGAUAACAUUGCAUACGGGGUUGCUUUUUCCCAGUCCUUUGUGGACAUCAGAGAACGAAGUAAAGGACAGUCCUCCAACAGAGCGCUAAUGAACCUUCAUAACAAUGAGGCAGGGAGGAAGGCAAUUCUGAACAACAUGCGAGUGGAAUGUAAGUGCCACGGAGUUUCUGGCUCCUGCGAGGUAAAAACCUGCUGGAAAGCAAUGCCGCCGUUCCGCAAAGUGGGCAACAUAAUCAAAGAGAAAUUCGACGGCGCUACAGAAGUGGAGCAGCGCAAAGUGGGCACCACCAAGGUCCUGGUUCCCCGAAACACGCAGUUCAAGCCGCACACAGAUGAAGACCUGGUGUACCUGGACCCGAGCCCAGACUUCUGUGAACACGACCCCAGAUCUCCAGGCAUACUGGGCACCGCGGGCCGCUUUUGCAACAAGACCUCGAAGGCCAUCGACGGCUGCGAGCUCAUGUGCUGCGGUCGCGGAUUCCACACGGAGGACGUGGAGGUGGUCGACCGCUGCAGCUGCAAGUUCCACUGG